AUGGUGGACGCGUGGUGGCCUCUGCUGGGCGCGGCGAUCCCGGCGCUGGUGGCGGGUCAGUUUUUCCGCAUCAAGCGCCGCCGCGACGAGGAGCAGCGCCUCAAGGCGGCGCGCGGGCGGGAGAAGAGCUCCGAUGAGGUCUUCGUCUGCGAGCGCGUGUGCACUUCCAAGCGUAUGCUCAAGAAGGUAGGGGCCUUCUCCAAGGACCCCAUACCGGAUACCUGCGUCACCGUCUGCGGCGUCUCUGAACUCGACGCCUGCGCUGACGCCUGCGCGCGCACCGUCUGCGUCAACCAGCACCAGGUGCCCAACUGGAACGACGUCUGCCUCAAGAGGUGCCAGAGCGAGUGCCUCAAACUCUCCUCAACCCUCAUGUAA